AUGGUGAAGCAUAACGGCAGACAGUCGACGGAUUUUCAAGGGAUCAUGGACGAUGAAGAGACUUCCUCUAGCAGCCAUGACGACUCCGUCAAUUUGGAAAAGGCUCUUCUUCCAGUCAAUCAGGAUACUAUACAGCGCUCAAAGAGAGAGAUCAACCAGAACCGACUUCCGCCUCUGCUGCGACCAACAACAUGGUUGACAUUUUUCAACAUUGGGAUAUUUGUUGCGUCAUGUGUCGUAUGGACAAAGACAUCAUCAAAGCAAACCCUCAAAGACCAGGACUUGUGGAAAGCAACAUCGUUCUAUUCGCCCAUAUUGGAAAGAUUCGAAAUCCCAAAAAUCACACGAGUCACCAACGGCACUCUAUACGACAAAAGGCCGCCGUCUAUCCUUCGCCAACGUAUUGGAAAGGAAGCGGACGACGAAUGGCACCGGAUCGGUGAUCAUGUAUGGCCGAUGGUCAUUGGGGCGGAAGACGUCCGGCGCUUGGGGAAAGACCCGGGCGUUGCGGUAAAGAUCCCAGAUGACCUCGGCUACGGCUCGGACGCCUACAUUGCCCAGACAGAGGUUUUCCAUCAUCUGCACUGUCUCGAUAUGCUGAGGAGGGAGGUCUCUUACGAGCACUACUAUGAGGAAAAGGAAGGGCCGAAGCCAGGAGGAGCGCAGCAUCAAGCGCACAUUGGCCACUGCUUCGACAUACUUGCCCAGGCAAUCAAGUGCACGGGUAGUGUCGACAUGAUCACGUUCAACUGGGUGGAAAACUGGGACCAGCCAUUUCCAGAUUUCAUGAACCGCAAAGUCUGCCGGAACUUCGAUGCCUUGUUGGACUGGGUGAAUGAUAACGCGAUGGACCCGCAAGUAUUUCAGAGGAUGAAGACGCCUCCUUCGGGAUGGCCGGUGCUACCGGAACCAGGUCCAGCCGGUGAAUGA